CAGUAAUUAAGGUCAAAUAAGACCCUGGUUUCUGUGCUAAUUUAAGUCCUAAAUCAGUCUUCCGUUACUUUGCUUUAAACAUGGAUAAAGUGCUAACGCUUGAAACUAUCAAUCCCAAUAUGAUAAAAAUCGAAUAUGCAGUACGUGGGCCAAUCGUAGAACGUGCUCUUCAAAUCGAAAAAGAACUCAAGAAUGGUGAUAAAAAAUCCUUCAAUGAAGUUGUCAAGUGUAAUAUUGGUGACUGUCACGCAACUGGCCAAAGGUUUAUAACGUUCGUACGUCAAGUUACUGCUCUGGCAACUUUUCCCCAUCUCCUCGAAGAGAAGAGUUUUCCAGGGGAUGCAAAAUCAAGAGCUAAGGAUUUGUUAGCAGCUUGUUCUGGUUCUAGUGUCGGUUCUUACAGUCACUCUCUGGGGCUGGAGUUAGUUCGUAAAGAUGUAGCAAAGUAUAUACAUCAACGCGAUGGUAUUGAGUCUAACUGGGAGAAUAUUUUUCUAGCUUGCGGGGCUACGGAGGCUGUAAAGAUGUUACUGGAAAUGAUAUCCACAACCGGUCGAGGCAGUGAACGCGCAGGUGUUAUGAUUCCAAUACCACAAUACCCUUUGUAUUCAGCUACAAAUUCCGAAUACAAUAACUUUCAGAUUAACUACUACUUAGAUGAAAGUGACAACUGGUCCUUAUCUGCUGAUGAAUUGAAACGAGCACUAGCGAGCGUCAAAGGACAGUGCAUACCGAAAGCCAUAGUUAUAAUUAAUCCAGGAAAUCCAACGGGUCAAGUACUUCCGCAAAAAUGUAUGGAAGAUAUUAUUAAAUUUGCAGUUGAUAACCGACUGAUUUUGAUAGCUGAUGAAGUUUACCAGCAAAAUGUUUACCAGCCGGACAAAUAUCCAUGGGUUAGUUUUAAAAAAGUUUUGUUCAAUAUGGGACCAAGUUACUCAGGAAAAUUGGAAUUGGCCUCACUCAUGUCCUGUAGCAAAGGUUACAUGGGAGAAUGUGGAUAUCGCGGUGGAUAUUGUGAAUUAUUAAAUUUUGAUCCAGCUGUUCAAACUCAGCUUUACAAAGCCCUUUCAGCACGAUUAUGUCCACCCCUAAUGGGACAGGUAGCAUUAGAAGCAAUCGUGAAUCCGCCUAAACCAGGUGAACCAUCAUAUUCCUUAUUUGUCAAAGAACGAGAUGAUGUAUUAAGUGCAUUAAAAGAUAAAGCUGAUAUCACCUAUAGCGCACUGAAUUCAAUGCCAAAUAUGUCAUGUAAUCCUGUUCAAGGUGCAAUGUAUGCCUUUCCAUGCAUACAUUUACCACCAAAAGCUAUUCAAGAAGCUAAAAGAAGAGGAGAAGCACCAGAUUUCUUCUAUUGUUUACAACUGUUAGAAGAAAAAGGUAUAUGUGUAGUUCCCGGUUCUGGUUUUGGGCAACAAGAAGGAACGUAUCAUUUCAGAACCACUAUUUUACCGUCUGUUGAGAAGAUGAAAUAUGUUAUGAAACAAGUUGAAGAAUUUCAUAUAUCAUUUAUGAAGAAAUAUUCUUAAUUCUAUAUUAUAAUAAAUUAGUUAGAAAAGAUACAUUAAUUCAAGACUAUCAUUCAGAUUAGUCAUGUAUCUAUAACUAAUUGUUCGUUUAUGAGUAGUGGGUUUAAACCUGUACCCACUUAUCCUAUUAAAUUUAUCAUUAUUUUUUAAUAACUUAAUAUCAUGGUAACUAUUAAACUUUAUUAUUACUACAAUGUAUGUAUGUAUGUAUGUAUGCAUAUUAGUGAAAUUAUGUACAUGCAAAUUAAAUGCUCACCAAUUUACAUAAAUUCUAUUAUGUAUGAACAAUUCCCAAUAACUUCAAUCACAUUCUAUUGUUUAUUAUAAUUGUUUUUAAUUUUUUUUUGUUGAAAAUAUAUUUAGUUAACGAAAUGAAA